AAUGAGGAUGCAAUGCCCACACAAACCUCCACCAAUAGAUAUGUUCCAUACAGAAAUGCUCAAUAUAAAGGAAAAACAUAUAUUUAUAUGGAAGGAGACGAACCGGACGAUUAUAUUGUUAAUAUAUGUUCUUCUGACCUAACUUUAUCUUCUGAAAGUGAAUAUGAAGAAGUGGAUAUAAAUGAUAUAUAUAAACCACUUGGUCCUAAAUAUAAAACUUUGAUCGAAGUCGUACUAAAACCUAGCACAAAUAAUAACGUACAAGAUACUUAUACAGAUCAUAUGGAUGAUAGUAGUGAAAUACCCACAAAUAAACUUACAGAGGAGGAAUGGAAUGAAUUAAAAAAGGAUUUUAUCUC